AUGCAUUCCGUCAACAGGGCUCUUUCUGCUAAGGAUAUAGACUACCUUCUUCGUGGUCUGUUUGGGGACGAUUGGCACGACUACAGACACGAGCGGGCUCGGGUACAAACUGGCAGUGCUCUUGCAAUUUUUGCUGGCUCAGGCUCUAGAGCGGGCGCUGUCGUGGAGUCAAGUGAUUAUCGUGACACCAACGAGUGUCUUUAUUACAGGCACCUCACUUUUAACAUGAAGUGGAGCUCGAAAGAUGGUGAGCUAAAACGUUGGGUGACGAUUGAUCCUCAAUUCCUGAAAGGAAAGCGUUAUAAAGACGACAGAUAUCUACCCAAAAACUGGUUCAGAGAAAACCCGAUUCUUGGACUCAACUUUGUGUUCUGGGUAAUAGUACAUGGCGUCGCCGAUGGUGCCUUCAAGGGACUCAGCACGGUGGAAGAAGUCCUGGCAGUAAGACCACCGAAAGGGAGGGAGUCGUAUACACUUGAAUGGGAUGAGGGGAAAAGAGGACUUUCCUUUUUUAGGAUGGUCACCCCAGAUGGUCCUCGUGCCACAAGGGCAUUGACAUUCUCGUCUCUAUGGCAUAAUUUUACGAGUUUGGCUCAGCGAGAGUGCUUCAAAGAUCAGCUGCGCGUGCAUGGAAUUCGUGCGAAUGUUGCGAAUUGUAUCGAUCCCAAGGCAUCAGAAGCCACUCGCGGCCAGGCCCUCGACCAUCAGAAUCAUGAUACCUACAUCAAAUACCAAUCUGUGCUAAAAUCAUUGGACAUUCAGGCCCUUGUCUAUGACUUGGAGCCAGAUUAUGAAUACCGAAAUAUGGAGCAAAGUAUGGCUCACCAUCGAGACCCCAAUGCCCCAAUGAAGCUGGAUGCAGCUUCUAUCAACGCAUUCGAGAAUACAGACGAAAUCAAAAUGAUAAAUGAGAGAAUCAAUCUCUUGACGUCUCAGAUGUCGGGUCAGCCUCUAAUGCAUCCUGAUUUUGAUGCUAAGCGCACAAGUCUCUACAGCAAGAAAUCCAAGCUACGCCUAGCUUGGAAAAAGAAUUUCAUACAAGAUUGGUGGGAUUCUGCCUACCACGAAUACAUCUCUGGAAAUGAAUUCACCGAGCGCGAUAGAACGUCCUUAUUCCAAAUAUUCAAGAAAUAUCUCCCAGAACGCGCAAGGCUUAGAGAAGCACUAUUUAAAGAGGCUACAUUAGAUAGCAUCAUCGGGCGACAAUGUCUGGAUGAUAUGGUCAGAGACCAUGAAUCCAUUCACAUUGGCACCAUGGGAGGAACUCGUGCGGAGCGAUAG